GGGCACAGGUGAGGGCCGGGCACAGGUGAGGGCAGGGCACAGGUACGAGCAGCGCAGUUGCCAUGCAGCCGAUGGAGCAGCUCGUGGUGCUGUGCCUACUGGCCGUGGCUGUGCCCGCUGCGCGUGCCCGCUCCGGGAGGUUCUGGCACCUCACGGACCUGCACUGGGACCCCGGGUACGAGGCGGCGGCGGCGGCGGGCCGGCCGUGCCCUUCGGGCGGCGAUCGGGCCGGGCCCGCCGGGCGCUGGGGCAGCUACCUGUGCGACGCGCCCUGGAGCCUGCUGCGCUCGGCCGUGCGCGCCAUGAGGGAGCGCCUGGCCGCGCCGGACUUCGUGCUCUGGACCGGAGAUGACACUCCCCAUGUCCCCAAUGAGCAGCUUGGAGAAGAAAAGGUUCUGCACAUCAUAGCAAAUCUGACUUCUCUGAUAAAAGAGACAUUUCCAGGUACUAAGGUCUAUGCAGCCAUGGGCAAUCAUGACUUCCACCCCAAGAACCAGUUUCCUGGGAAGGAGCACAGGAUCUACAACCAAACAGCAGAACUGUGGCGGCCCUGGCUGAGUGAUGCCUCCCUUCCUCUCUUCAGAGCAGGAGCUUUCUACAGCGAGAAGCUGCCUGGCCCAGGGGCGAGGGGGCGGAUGGUUGUCCUCAACACCAACCUGUACUAUGAGCAGAACAAUGAGACAGCUGCUGAGGAGGAUCCUGCAGGGCAGUUCCAGUGGCUGGAGGAAACACUGACCAACGCCUCUAGAGCAGAUGAAAUGGUGUACCUUGUGGGGCACGUCCCCCCGGGCUUGUUUGAGAAGACGCGGGGCAAGCCCUGGUUCCGGGGCGGCUUUAACCGGCGCUACCUGGGCAUCGUGCAGCAGCACCACCGCGUGAUCGCUGCCCAGUUCUUCGGGCACCACCACACCGACAGCUUCCGCAUGUUCUACAGCCACACAGGUGCUCCAAUCAAUGUGAUGUUCCUGGCCCCUGGAGUGAGUCCCUGGAAAACAACAUUACCUGGAGUGAGCAAUGGAGCCAACAACCCUGCCAUUCGGGUGAUCGACUAUGACCAGGACACCCUUCAGGUCCUGGAUAUGGUGACUUACUACUUGAACCUUACUCGUGCCAACAUGGUGGGGGCAGCACGGGAGGAAGAGUUCCCAGUGUGGGAAGAAGAGUACAGACUGACAGAAGCCUUCCAGGUCCCUGAUGGCUCUGCACCCUCCAUGCAGAUGGUGCUGGAGAGGAUCUCCAGGAGCCCACACUACUUGCAGCUGUACUAUGAGUUUAACUCUGCCAGGUAUGACCUGGAGCCUUGCCAGCAGGAAUGCCGUGUGGAUCACCUGUGUGCCAUCAGGGAAGUCGAUUUUGUAAAGUAUGAUGAGUGUGUGAAAACCAACAGCUCUGCCUCUGCUGCUGGCAGUGUUUGGCUUUUGCUUUUCUGCAUGUUGUUAGGAUUUCUCAGUUCUCAGCGAGGGCUGUGAUGGCCAAGAGCAAGAGAAGAGGAGGAGGGCACGAGAUCUCACUACACUGCAUGGGAAUUGGUGACUUUGGCAUUGAGAACUUGCUUGGAAACCAGGACAAAUUUGUCAAUGUUUACUAAAGCCCUAUGAUGCUGAUUUGAAAUUUUCUAGACAAGCUUGAUGUGUGAAGAGCAAUGUUUUUGAGAGCCUUGUUGUGCCAAAGUGACUGCAACAAGGAGUGUCUCCCCUCUGCUGGGACUGCCUCACAAAUCAGAUGAAGACCAGGCCUCCCUGUGGGCAUGAACUGGCAAGGGCUGAGGUAGGGAGCAGCCACAUGUUCCAGAGGCUGCUGCCAACAUUCCUGAUGUUGGCACACACUUUUUCACAGCUGGUGUCUCAGGAAGUCUUGUGUGGCUUUGUUCCACAGCAGCCUUAUGAACAAAGGGCUUAUGAGCAAAGCAAGGUGGAGUGGCAGAGUUUGGACUUCAGCAAACUUUGGUGUUUCAGUGCUGAAGGUGAAGUACUGAUGAUUAUUUGUGCCUCAGAUGUUGAGCAUAAAGAGUUCUCUUCACUCUC